AGUCAAAAGCUGUCAAAAUUGGUGCCAGGUUUCAGCGCCGUCGUCGUCCAGCUUCAUCCUCAUGGCGACCAAACGAAAGCUCGAGGACACGUCCGUCCAUGUAGACGGCGAGCACGAUGAUGCCGCCGCGAUGGACGCAGCCGAAUGGCGUGACGUGCACUUAAUCUCCACCACCAGCAGUGGUAAUGACGUCGUCGCGCUGCCCGACCCCCUCCGCACGUUCCAGUCGACUCCGUUUUCGGCAGCGGUGGUCGCCGCACUCGAACACGCCGGGUUCACGGCACCUUCGCCCACGCAAGCUCAAUCUUGGCCCGUGGCGCUCUCCAAGAAGGAUUUGAUUUCGAUCGCCAAGACAGGCUCGGGCAAGACGCUCGGGUUCCUUCUGCCGUCGUUCCACCACUUGGCCAAAGCCACCCGCGUCCAACAGACACGCACCAAAGCCAAACACAAGUACGCGUUCCCAGUGCGGUCCAAAGAUCCUCGCAUGGUGGUUCUGGUGCCGACGCGGGAGCUGGCCAUGCAGAUCGAGAAGGAGGCCAAGCGUUUCCUCAAGGCAUUCCAUCCGGCGCUGCGAGCCGUCGCGGUAUUUGGCGGCGCCGAGAAGAAGGCGCAAUUGGAAGCGCUCGAGAUGGGCGUCGACUGCUGUGUGGCAACCCCGGGGCGGCUCUUGGACCUCCGGGACUCGGUCAGCUUGGCGAAAGUGGACAUUUUAGUGCUAGACGAAGCCGACAAGAUGCUCGAGAUGGGGUUCGAACGGCAGCUACAAGCGCUGCAAGAGUUGCUGCCGAGCACCACCCGACAGACGUUGCUGUGUAGUGCCACGUGGCCGCUGGUCGUGCAGUCGUUGGCUGCGUCGUUCGUUCGUCCGGACGCGGUGACCGUGAUCACGGGCGCGUUUCAAGUGAACCCAGCGAUCCGCCAAACGUUCGAGUUGUGCAGCAACGUCGACGCCAAAGCUGAGCAACUCGUGUCGUUUUGUCACAAGCACAAAACGACGAAAACGCUCGUAUUUUUCAAAACCAAACAAGGCUGCGACGCCAUGGAGAAGUUGGUCAAGCAGCACUUGACUGCUGGGGACGACGACCAGAAGCGGCACAAGGCGGCGGACGUGGUCGUGGCGGUGCACGGGGACAAGCCGCAAGCCGACCGGACCAUGGCGCUGAACCAAUUCAAGAACGGAUCGUGCUUGCUUUUGUUCGCCACUGACGUGGCAUCCCGCGGUCUCCACGUCCACGACAUCCACACCGUGAUCAACUACGACUGUCCGGAUUCCGAGGAAACGUACAUCCAUCGCAUUGGACGGACAGGGAGAGCGGGCGCGACCGGCACGGCCAUCUCGUACGUGACCGACAAGGACCGUCCGCUCGUCAAGAAGUUGCUGCGGGUGCUCAAAGAGGCUGACCAGGUGAUUCCACCCGCCAUUCAAGCGUGGUGUCGUGCAGUCCACCCAUCGACCGAGGCCACAACCCCUGCUACCACCACCAGCAACAAACAUCCACGCACCUCAAAAGUGGACCAAGGAAUAAAGAAGGUAGCAGCCCACAAGAAGCACAACAAGAAGAAGACACCGCCGCAGCAACCCAAGGAAAAAAAGAAAAAGCAAGUCGUCGGCAAACGAAAGCAACGGCUGUGUCUGUAAAUGUCCAACAAAUAAAUGUAUGUAUUGCCGCCCAA